AUGGCGGCCUCAGACGUUCUAUGUUCGUAUUUCAGUUGGUUGGUAUAUGCAACAGAAGGAGCUAUUACUGGUAGAAUGUGGAUAUCUGAUCCUUUGGCUUCCGUUUUGUGCAAAAUUGGGAUCUAUGUUAGAGUUACUUCACAAAUCGUGUCCGUGCUUAGCUUGGUAGCAAUCGCUGUUGACAGAUAUUUCGCCAUCGUGUUUCCUUUGAGGACAACAUCAAUGCAUAAAGAAAGAGUUCGUUUUGCCAUUCUUCUUUUUAUUUGGAUCAUAUCAGGCGCUUUAUGCUGUCCUGGGAUCCUUUACGCCAAAGUUGUGGAGAGUAACGGUGACAGUUUCUGCCGAUUGAUCUGGAAUCAAUCAGCCUAUAAGAUUUACCAUUCGAUUGGUAUAGUGCUACUUUACUUUACUCCUCUUAUAACCAUAAUAGUCUUUUACUACCGCAUUUUAAGAGCGCUCCGAGCACGAUUGAUGAGUGGAAACGGUCUGCGAGACUCACAAAACAUCACUCUAACUCAGAAUCAACAAGUCAUUAAAAUCCUCAUCUCGAUUGUCUUCGCUUUCUUCUUCUGUUGGACUCCUCUUUGCAUUUACUUUGUUCUUAAAAUUUUUCAACCAGACCUAUUCCUGGAAGACACAUGUCACAUAAUUGUACUUUUGUUAUUCUACGUUUUUCCAUCUCUUAUCACCGUUAUUAAUCCUCUAAUUCUUUUCUUGUUUAGCACAAAUUAUCGACAAGCUUUGGCGAACCUACGUGCACUUUGUCGAGUUAAUUCGGUCGGGACAUCUCCGUUGCAUGUUACUACAGUUCAGAUGAUGGAAAUCCACUAGAUCAUGUCUCCAUUAUACAAACUGGAUUGAUAGAACGCUUUUAGGUAAAAAUCAGUAUUUAGGCCUCUGAUAGAAAAAAAAAUUCCCGAGCAGCCAGCAGCUGUUGAUGAAUAUGUUUUACUAUUUAGGCAAAUCUAUGAGUAACUAAACUAAAAUGAAAUAAGUGGAAUAGAAAUAAAAUAUACGGAAAAGUAUACAACCAUCCCCUCAAGGGGAGGUGAAUAGUGGUGGAACUACAGCUAGACACGGAGGGUUGAGGGAUAUAUCUAUGGCUGUUCACCAACCCUGAGGGGAUAGUUGUUUUAGUAUUUACCAAAUCAGUUGGAUAAAAAUGAAAAAAGUGACUUUUGUAAAUUGAAACCGUCAGUCAAUAGGAACUUUCUUUACAAUUUACAAACAUUUCUGGGGUUUUGUCAAGUGCAUUUUUAAGAUUUUGUUGUAAAUUCAGCAUGAAAAUCAUUUUCUACCUUCCAGUCAACACUGACAAGCCAAAGUUCCUCACUUUCUUGGUAUUUGUUUGGUCGACUGCUUCACUUAUCGCUCAAAUUUCGUCUUGCGAAAAUGUCUCGAAACGAGACACCAUCUUAGCUCCGGUCGCAAAACACUGAAUAGCCAACGAUAUUCCGGGUUACGGGAGCCAAUCAAAACGCGCGAAAAGUCUUAUUCACUGAUUUGGUAAAUAUUAAUUAAAAAUAGAAUAAAUGUGAAUGCAAUUGUCUCUAAGACGGAUGCCGUUUGGACUGAACCCAAGGGCCCGAUCUUAGAAGUGGUGUUGUCACGAAGCUCUACUUUUGUCUUUUACAAAAAGUUCUUGAAUAGGUAACGUUAACAUCAAGUUUCAGCGGUGGCGAGUUAUGAUUAUGGUAAUGCAAAAUGGACUUGAAUGACGUCGCAGACACAUCCCCGAUUUUCUGAANUUCACCAACCCUGAGGGGAUAGUUGUUUUAGUAUUUACCAAAUCAGUUGGAUAAAAAUGAAAAAAGUGACUUUUGUAAAUUGAAACCGUCAGUCAAUAGGAACUUUCUUUACAAUUUACAAACAUUUCUGGGGUUUUGUCAAGUGCAUUUUUAAGAUUUUGUUGUAAAUUCAGCAUGAAAAUCAUUUUCUACCUUCCAGUCAACACUGACAAGCCAAAGUUCCUCACUUUCUUGGUAUUUGUUUGGUCGACUGCUUCACUUAUCGCUCAAAUUUCGUCUUGCGAAAAUGUCUCGAAACGAGACACCAUCUUAGCUCCGGUCGCAAAACACUGAAUAGCCAACGAUAUUCCGGGUUACGGGAGCCAAUCAAAACGCGCGAAAAGUCUUAUUCACUGAUUUGGUAAAUAUUAAUUAAAAAUAGAAUAAAUGUGAAUGCAAUUGUCUCUAAGACGGAUGCCGUUUGGACUGAACCCAAGGGCCCGAUCUUAGAAGUGGUGUUGUCACGAAGCUCUACUUUUGUCUUUUACAAAAAGUUCUUGAAUAGGUAACGUUAACAUCAAGUUUCAGCGGUGGCGAGUUAUGAUUAUGGUAAUGCAAAAUGGACUUGAAUGACGUCGCAGACACAUCCCCGAUUUUCUGAAGAUAUGGCUGAUGGAAUUAAAGUCAUCCAACAUAAUUGUGAUAAGAUAAACCUAUUUUUUUCUUGUUGAAUACUUUUGGGAAACAGUGAGAUAUUGAUGGAGAUAUUGUUGACGGUGUUGGUGAUGCAAAAAGAAGAAGAAGAAGAAGAAGAAAAAGAGGAAAAAGAGAAGACGGUUGAAAUAUAAAGUGCAAAUUUAAUAUGAUAAUCUGAAAUACUUUUUCUAAGUAAAUGUAUCAACAUGAAGCCGAAACGUUGUAAAUUGCAUGGUUCAAUGUUUAAUCAAAACAGCUGUGUAGACUUUGAAGUAAAAGAUAAUUUAAAAAUUGUAAAAUAAAUUCGUUUGGGGAGAGACGAAAAAAUGGGUUUGGUAGUUAAAUCUUUAGUAGUAUUCAGCUUUGCUGAAAAAUUCGUAUUAUGCUAUACUAUAAGGAUGGGGGUAAUUAAUAAAGGGUGAAAGAACUAAUAAAUGAAAUAUUCCACUAAUAAGAAAGUCUUCCUUUGUACCGUGGAUUUCUUUUUUUUUUGUAGACGAAUAGUGUCAUAUUUACAUUCGCGUGCAAACUUCAUAACUGUGUUGAUUCUUUUUUUUUUUAAUCAAGGAACUCAAUGGCCUAGGCUUCGUUUCAUUAAGUUUUCUCGGGAAAGAGAGUCACUCUCUCAGCCGAGUCAACUUUAUAGAGUGUUAAUUUAAAUUGGAAAAAAUUUUGACCCCUUUGUCCAAGCAAAGAGCGCUCGUGCAUGUUCUGAUCGUCAAGCCUUGACUGAAUUGAACGGCUAGGCCAGCUAAAGUGUAUAAAUGGAGAAAAGUUGGUCCGGCUAGGAGGGUGAUCUUACCAUCAAAAAUGGGUGACUCUCUGUUUUUCACGUUAAUUGGUCGCCAAGUUUUGUAAAGAAGAAAUGGAGAAAAGGUUGGCUGUCGAGGGUGUCUUCAGUAGCAGAGACACACAAAUGUUAGGUCUGUAUUAGAGCGGUUUUCAUUUGAGUGUCGAAAAGUAAUUGGUUUUGCACUUUCUACACGAUGCGAUUGGCUUAAAAGAUUCGCGCCACCUUUUCAUCCAAUCAGAAGUAAAACCAAAGUCAAUUGUGACGCGCUCGCAUGCAUUUUCCCGCGCUUUGCGUCAGCCACAUGUAAUUACUUCGAGUUUUGAUUGGUUCAAUGUAUUGUCUGUGUCCUAUGUGAUUGGCCAGAGUAAUUACUUUGGUUUUGGUUUUACGACACUCAAACGAAAACCACUCUAGAAUGAACAAGUGUUAGGUCCAGUUAAAAAGCUCUUUUAAAUCUUCUCCAAUGUGCCUUUUAGAUAUUAGGAACAGCACGUUACCCUUAGCCAAAGUGUAAAGGGAUACAAACUUUUGAUUUUUAUUCGUUUACAAUAGAGGAGUCAGCCCUCUGAGAUUACAUAAUAUGGUUAUGAUAAAGUUUUGAACGCCUCAAAAACCACAGUUGGUAGUUAUAUUAUAACGCCGGUUGUUUGGUUCCGGCUUAAGGUAGAGAGCUGGUCCGUCAACCGCAAAAUAUUCCGAAUUUCGGAAGACUGAUGAAAACUGUACGUCUAUCAAAAAUGGAUAAACCAUUUUUACACAUUUUGUUUUUUAGUUUGUUCUGCAUGUUGGUCUUUUAGUCUAUUUAACAGUCUUAACAUAGUAUAAGAAACUCUGUUCGCACUAAUUGACGAUCUUCUACACUUUUUCUCAGCUAUACUUUGUUAAAGCUCGCACCAAAGAGCUACCAGAACUAAGAAACAAAAUAAAACAAAACGAAACCAACCAAACAAAAAAGCCUCAGUUGAACCAACCAACCAACCAACCAAAAAAAAAAAAUCUUUCAAUUUAGCAUUUAAAGAGCCAGGCUUACAUAGGGUCACAUGGGCCUUAUAUAUUAUAAGGCCUCCUUAUAAGUUCCUCUCCUUCUAAGGGGUCUCAAUAAGGUGCUGGCUUUGACAGUUGACGAUUAUUUUUUUUUCCAGUUUUGACGGUUGACGGCUAAAUUUCGGAGCUUUCGACGGUUUACGGUUAUUUAGUGAAAAUUUAGUCCAAUAUAGUUAAAGUAGCUUGAUUAACUUGUGUAUAACGUAAUAUUAAUUGUUGUGUUUGGAGGUUGCCUUGGCCUUUCACAUAAAAUUUGAAGAUAGAUUUAACAUACAAAAAAGAUGCAAGGUCUUGUGAUGUUCGUACGUAGGGAGUGUUUUUGAUAACAUGGUCCGUGGCUUAUUUAGUGAAGUGAUUCUUCAGGAACCGAAAGUCCGUGAAGAUCAGGUGAAAUGGUGA